UGAAGGUGGGUGGACUACCCGGCAGUAUAUAAAGCUUCUGCCGGUGCUGGAGGAUCCCAUAGUCGUUUCACCCCCUGGGAUGCCCUCAGCUCUCUGUUAUUCCUGAACAAUAAUGGUUGGAUCGUCCGCAAAAAAGUCAGAUCGAGGUUUCUUAUCGAGGGAGAAAAUAUUACCAGUGUAUACUAUGGACCUGAUAGUGAGCCUGUGGGUCGUCCUGGUGCUAGUCAAUGUCGUCCUGGGUGAAAAUACGUUUUACACGCAGGGACGCUAUGGUAAACGAGAGGAGUCACAUCUAUCCCCUGCUGCGCUGCCGUAUUUUUCUUCAAGUAGACAAGUUCGGAGUGAUCAAAAAUCCAAUCAUGCAUCCAAUACGCAAGACACGGUAAAAGUAUCAUCUCGGCCAGAUCGUUUUUUCCUGGGCAGUCGUUACGGCAAGCGUGCACUAUCUGGAGCCAUGGAUAUGUCCGACGGUAGUUCCCUCCCAUCCCUUGAUCGCCUAGAAGCUAUUCUGAGGUAUUUCAACCGCGUCCGAAGGUCUGACCAUCAUAUGUCACCGCAAAAUUAUGAAAUUGAACAAACCUAUUAUGAUAACGGCUACGACAUCAAUAACGAUAACGAUGACGGAAUUGGGGAUGACACCAGCAAUACUUUAUGUCAAUCUGAUAGCAGCCGGUGCUAACUCAAGGGAAAUUUAAAAAGUGAAAACAAAAAAAUCAACGUGAGUGACUAAGAAAAUCGAAACUACGGAAUAAAUAGUUUUUGCUCUUAUUGAAAAUCACUCCUGACGAGAAUUCUUCGAAGAUAAUUAAGCAAAUGAUCUAGUCGAAUAAAUAGUGUAUUUGUUUCUUUGUGAGUAAAUCUGAGACUGAAUUACUCUAUGAAAAUAUUGGUUUUUCGAUUCUUCAAGUAUCUGUGAAAUAGUUUAAUCAAGUGUUGAUCUUUGGAAUUACUAAUUAGUAUUAAUAUUGAAAUAUAAAUAUUAAAAUAAAUAUUAAUAUCCCCUCUCUCCUUCGCUGGCAAUAUUGUUGGCCGCAUUGUGCGCUUCAUC